AUGGGGUUCCAGUUUAUCUGGAUCGACUCGUUGUGUGUCAUCCAAGACGACAUUGAGGAUUGGAAAAUACAGUCAUCGAUGAUGGGGUUGAUCUACAAACAUGCGGCCUGCAACAUCGCAGCGACAUGGGCUGCAGACGGCAGUAUGGGACUCUUUAGCAACAGACAUCCAGGCACGGUAACCCCCUGCGCGACCACACUCGACGACCAAAGGCAGCCGAGAGAGUACUGGAUAUCUACCUUACGCGGCUACCACGACGAUAUCACCAAUGCGCCUCUUAACAAACGUGCAUGGGUCCUUCAGGAACGAUAUCUCGCAGCCAAGCAGUUGAGCUUUUCAAAGCGUCAAGUAUACUGGGAGUGUCCGGAGCUCACUGCUUCCGAGGAGUUUCCGUCAGGCGUCCCUAGGGAACUAUGGGAAGACUCGGAUUAUGGUUCACGCGCGAUGAAGCUCACGGGCAAGCCACACAUGGGCGUCAAGGAUGAGUGGCACGCCCGUCAGCAAUGGGCGGCGCUUGUAGAGCAAUACUCGUCCUGUGCCCUCACAAAAACAUCAGACAAGAUGAUCGCCCUGGCUGGGUUGGCUGGAGAAGCCCAGGAAGCCUUCGGAGAUGCGUAUCUCGCUGGUGUCUGGAGGGAAGAUCACCGCAAGCAACUAUGCUGGCGGGCGACAGAAUGGGACUGCCAAACUCUUCCUGGAAAUAGGGUACCCACCUGGUCCAGGGCGAAGGUGGAUGGGCCGGUUGUUUAUGAUCGCUCGUACUAUGAACCAGGAACGGGCGAUUCCCUCUCACGAAGGUCAUAA